AUGCCAAAAAAAGAAUCUUCUGAGGUAAUUGUGGAAUUAGAUCCCAAAAUUGUUUAUUUUACCUUUUCUCGUAUCCGUGGUGUUUUCUCCUGUGGUCGAACGAUUGCCAGUACACGUGAUCAAUUUCUUCGCCAUGAACUCACCCCACACGAUUUACCUCUUCUCUCUGUUCUCACAGAUGGGGCUGGGAAUUACUACAGUCAAAACAAUAGACGUCUCUAUCUCUACAAGGAACUCUGCUCGCUUGGACUCCUGCAAACCGUCCCUGUGCGGCUGCGGGCCCUUCCCGAUACUCGACGCAUGCGAGAGAAAUAUACACCGGAGAAGUGUUCAUUACAUGCAACGCUGAAACGUGAAGGCAUCAUAACCUCGUCGUCAUCAUCCUCAUCAAUGGGGCAAAAACAAAAAAUAAAUAGUGAAGAGGAAGAUGACGAAGAAGAAGAAGAAGAGGAGGAAGAGGAGAAAAAAGAAAAAGUGCAUGAAAACGCGACUAAUAAAAUAGUGACCAAAAGAAUGGUGGAUGUACCUUCGUCAAAUGAUGAGAAUAACGCAAAGAAGCCUUUAAUAUCGUAUAAUGAGGAUAAUAAUAAUAAUAAUAAUAAUAAUAAUAAUAAUAAGCACGCUAAUAAGAAGGGAAAGAAGAAACAGCAGCGGGAACAACAGAAUCAGAAACGUGAUGGUGGUUGGCAGCCAAAAACGUUGGAGGAAGAACUUCGUGAGCUUGGAGUGUAA